GCGUCACCGCAGGCUGUUUCGCUUUCUAAGCUUAAUGCAAAUCUUACUCAUGUCCCCGUGCCAGUGGACUGACCACUACACACGAUUUGACACAAAUCGUUAAAAAUGAGCGAUAUUUGUGCAACUCUAAUCGAAAAGACGAGUGAUAGUGACCCCGUGGUAAUGGCGCACGCUAUCCGGGCGGGAUCAGCAAUGCGGCCCUGCUGUGGCGGAAACGCGCCCAAACCCGGACUGUUCUAAGACGUGAUUCACAGUGACCCGCGCUGAAAAUAUAACGCAGGAGAAGUUUUCUUAAAAGUUACGGUACGGACGGCGUACCGUAUGAGACCUGCAGCGCCGACAGCAAAAAGUUUUUUGUUUUUUCCUUUUCCCUCGCUCGCCGUCUUUGCCUUUUCCACCUUCCGCACCGCAAAGCCCCGACAACGAAGACGAGAUCGCGCAUUCCCACUAAGCGCCACAACAGGAUGCCGACACGUACGCGCAUAUUCCAACUGUCCAUCUUUUCUCCAAGUUCCAGGAAUUUUAUCGCAAUAUAAUUGUGCGCGCUCCCGCCAAGACGCAGCAUUAGUACCACGAUCUGAUGCGCGUCCCCGCCCUGGCCGAGACUAUCCGCCUCCCGGCCGAGAGAGUUGGAGCCACGCGAGUUAAAGUUGGCCGAACGAGCGGCUGAGAGAUGUCCCACUGUCCGUUAACAGAGGGAGGACAGCUACCGAUCUGACCAGCAUAGCGAGGCUAGCACACACGACAUCCUCCACCGGAAAGGAUGCAUAUCAACAUAUUCUUCCCUAGCCUUCUGCUCUUCCUCGCCUUCCAUGGCAGCGCCUCACGGCCAUGCUUAGAUCCACUGAUCUCUCCCCUCUAUGCAUCCUCUUUCCUGGCCUCCUCCAGAUAUAAUUUCCUCUAUUCUGCUCAUUUUGCCAAGCUCUAUGGGAGCAGCGGUUGGUCUCCAUCUCCUGAAGACAGGCAGCCCUGGUUACAGAUUGAUCUGGGCAGGAAGUAUCGUAUUGUGGCCAUCGCCACUCAGGGCACCUUCAACUCCUAUGACUGGGUGACCAAGUACACGCUGCUCUACGGAGACCGGCCUGAUGCAUGGACACCUUACGUUAUGAGAGGGGGCAACAUGACGCUGCCGGGGAACUGGAACUACUACCAGGUGAAGAGGAACGUGUUCCACUACGCCUUCACAGCCAAGCACCUGCGCUUCCUCCCGAUGGGCUGGAACACCGAGGGCGGCGGGAAGAUCGGCGUGCGGCUCGAGGUCUACGGCUGUCCCUAUGACUCGUACGUGGUGCACUUCGAGGGUAAUGACAUGCUGGCAUACUCGUUUCCUGGUGGGAGGAUGCACACCAUGCAGGACCACUACGCGGUCAACUUUAAGACCCUGGAGAAGGAUGGCGUGCUGCUCCACAGCCAAGGCCUGCAGGGAGACUUGGUCACGCUGGAGCUGAAGACUGGCAGGCUCUACCUGCACAUGAGCCUGGGGAGCAGUACAGUCCACACAACGAGUGGCAUGACGGUGCUGAGGUUGGGGAACCUACUGGACACCCAGCACUGGCACUACGUCAGCAUCAGGCGCCGCGGCCGCGAGCUCAAUUUCACACUGGACAGCGAGACCGAAAGAGCCGUCCUCAACGGAGAGUUCGGCUACCUGGACCUGGACAAGCAGAUGUAUGUGGGCGGGGUUAUAGAGAAGGACAUGCCACACCUCCCUGGUAAGGUCAACUUCCGCGGCUGCAUGGAGAACGUCUUCAUCAACGGGAUCAAUGUAAUUUACAAGACCAUGUACCAGGAGCCCGACAUACGACUGGCUCCUAAAAAGAAAAAGAUGCACUACACCUGCCGCGACCUCCUAUGGCGACCUAUGACCUUUGCAGGUCCCAACAACUACCUGCAGGUGCCUGGAUUCUUCCGGAGGAACCGGCUAGCAGUGAAAUUUAAGUUCCGCUCGUGGGACUACACUGGCCUUCUGUUGUUCACAAGGUUCGCAGAUGAGCUGGGCUCUCUGGAGCUGGGUCUGAGCGAGGGCCAGGUCAACGUCACCCUUACCCAGCCAGGAAACAAGCGGCUCCGAUUUGCUGCAGGAUACCGCCUGAAUGACGGUUUCUGGCACACGGUGGACCUGGCCGCCAGGGACAACCUGCUGUCUAUCACCAUUGAUGAGGAUGAGAGCUCCCCACUGAAGAUCACCAACCCAUUUAUGGUGCGCACUGGAGACCGCUACUUCUUUGGGGGCUGCCCUAAAACCAAUAACACGGGCCGCUGCGUGACCAAGCUGGCCCGUUUCCAUGGCUGCAUGCAGCAGAUCUUUAUUGAUGAUGAGCCAGUGGACAUUGACGUGAUGCUACAGAGGAAGUGGGGCAGAUACACGGAGCUGCUCCUGGGAACGUGUGGCAUCACCGACAGGUGUUCUCCCAACCCAUGUGAACAUGAGGGUCGCUGUAUUCAGUCGUGGAAUGACUUCUUGUGCAUUUGCAACAACACGGGGUACAAGGGUGAAGUGUGCCACAACUCGGUGUAUAGAGAGUCGUGUGAGGCAUACAGACUGAACGGAAAGUACUGGUCAGGCAACUAUACCAUAGACCCGGACCUGAGCGGCCCUCUCAGGCCGUUCACCGUGUACUGCAAGAUGAAGUUGAACCGCUCCUGGACAAUCAUCGACCACAACCGCAUUGACAGCACCAAGGUGACUGGCUCCACCGUGGAUCGGCCCUACAUAGGGGACGUCCGGUACGUGAACGCCUCGUGGGACGAGGUCACGGCCUUAGCCAACACGUCCUUGUAUUGCGAGCAGUGGAUCGAUUUCUCGUGCUACAAGUCCCGCCUCCUAAACACACCACAUGGGAGGCCGUACACUUACUGGAUUGGUCGUCAUAACGAGAGUCAUGAAUAUUGGGGCGGGUCUUUCCCUGAGAGUGGGAAGUGUGGCUGCACCAUCAACAAAACCUGCACAGACCCCAAAUUCUGGUGCAACUGUGACGCAGACUACCGGCAAUGGUACUCGGAUAAGGGCUACCUGUCAUUCAGGGAUCAUCUGCCUGUUAGACGGAUUGUCAUUGGUGACACCAACCGCACGGGUUCGGAGGCCCACUUCAGCGUAGGACCUCUGCGUUGCUAUGGAGACCGGAGCAUCUGGAACACCAUAGCCAUCACCAAGCCCACCUAUCUGACCUUCCCGACCUUUAAACCGGGCCCUAGCGCCGACAUCACCUUCCAUUUCAGAACCUACCGCACAUACGGCGUCUUUCUGGAGAACUCAGAUGACCACCUGCGCAACUUCAUCAGGAUUGAGCUGAACUCCACCACUUCCGUGAUAUUUGUCUUCAUGGUGGGUGAUGGGAUCAGGAAUGUGACCCUGCACACCCCCAGAGCUCUCAACGACAACGAAUGGCACUACGUGGAAGCCGAGAUCAACGUUAAAAUGGCCCGUCUGAAAGUGGACUUCUACCCUCCGGCCAUACACAAGUUCCCCGGCCAGACCCACAUCACUAUGCAGUUCACGCAGCCCCUGCUCGUAGGUGCGGCCAAUCACACUCUGAGGCCUUUCCUGGGAUGUCUGCGGGGCCUACGGCUCAACGGCGCCCCCGUGGACCUGGAGGGCAAGGUGGAUGAGCGCAACGGUGUCCGCAGGAACUGCACGGGCGCGUGCCUCAACGCCUCCAUACCCUGCCGCAACGGGGGCCAGUGCAUCGAUGGCUACGCCUCGUAUUCCUGCGACUGCAACAACACCGCCUUCGAUGGCUACUACUGCCACUUGGACAUAGGAGCGUUCUUUGAAGUCGGCUCUUGGCUGCGCUACGACAUCCGCACAGAGCCCAUUCCGGAUGACGCAUGGUGGGCCAACUUCUGGAUCGAGCCACACUGGCACAACUUCACGCUGGGCUACAACACCACGACGGACGACAUCGAAUUCAGCUUCAGCACCCACAAGACACCUGCAGUGCUGCUCUAUGUCAGCUCCUUCCACAAGGACUACAUCGCUGUCCUGCUCAAGAAAGAUGGUACUCUGUCUCUGAGGUACAGGCUGGGCUUAAUUACGCAUAAGUUUCAACUGACCAAUAGGAACCUAGCCGAUGGCUUCCCACACUUUGUCAACAUCACCAGACACAACUACACUGUUUGGACACAGGUGGAUUAUAUGGAGCCGUGGGUGGAGAGGUUAACUUUAGGGGAGAUUCCCAGAUUUGACUCCCCUAAAUCCAUUUUUCUGGGCAGAGUCAUGGAGGUUGGAGACAUCGACUAUGAUAUCCAGAGGCACAACAGCCCUGGUCUGGAAGGCUGUAUCUCAGGGGUGCGCUACAACAUCUUCGCCCCGCUGAAGGCUUACUUCCGGCCCAACGUCACCGACCCCCCUGUGACGACCCAGGGCUACGUGGUGGAGUCCAACUGUGGGGCAUUUCCCCCUGUCUUAGGCUACAUCCCAUGGGAGGAUGACCCAUGGUUCACUGACCUAUUCUUUGAUUAUAUUCACGAUGACGUGACUCCACCCUGGAUGACACUGAUCGUCACCGUGUCCCUCACGCUCCUCUUCCUCAUCCUUUACGGCCUGUACAUUUACCUGUACAGGUACAAGGGGAGCUACCACACUAACGAGCCCAAGAACUUGGAGUCCCCCAGCUCUGCCCGGCCCCUCACUGAAACACUGCACAAAGAAAAGAAGGACCUAUCACAGCUACAGGAGGAGGGAUCUGGCGAAUAGCACGGCCCCGUCGUGGAGUAGUGCGAGGGGCCCGGCCAAUAGAGACUGGGGGGGAUGUGGGGUGGGUGGAGUCAGGGGAAAUGGGUGGAGACGAACUGAUGAAACAGGUUAUGUCACAACUGCAGAAUGCUUCUAUACUUUCCCUCUGUAUUUUGGUUUUCAAACUCGACCUUGUUCAGGUAUGCUUUUGGUUUUCUGUCCUUCGCAUACAGUAUUUGGGUAUAAACUGGACUGUUGUUGAACAGCUACGUUUUAACACUGGCCGACUGAAGUGUGUCGGUCACAUCACAGGACUCACAAACCCAGUGAAAUCUUUAGAAAGCACCAACACACUUGGCAUAUUGGCAGUAUUUGUAUCGUAUUUAAAAAGUAGUCUGCACUCUACACAAAACGCACAACAAAGAGGACCCAUGUUAAGAAAAUGCUUUGAAAAUGUAAAUGUUUACAUAUACUGGGCCAAAUUCAUAAAACGUACCGCCAGCUUCAACAAUGUGAACAGCGCCAGCGACAUGGUAACAUUUCCUCAUUCACAGACGUGGACUGCCGGCAUAUUGCACCGUUUGCGCAGUAUGGUGCUACCGCAUUUUACUGCCUUCGAUCCUCAUUUGCAUAUGAUGUCAACGAUUCAUAAUAGAACACAAAACAUCCCACCUGAACCUGUCCAGUGUUACAUUUCCCGGCAGGAAACGAUGGGCCUGGAUGAUCUUUUUCUCUAAACGAUGUUUUGGUCACACAUGCACACGUGCACACAUCUUGGAGCAGUUUGGAGUGAGCUGUAGUAGUAGGGGUUACCCGAACAGGGAAGGGGCUUGGGAAGGCAGGGGCCUCCGAAUGCCAGGAACGUUUUGUAUCGCCAACAUUUUGCGUGGUGUAGCCUGUUGUGCAUCGCGUUUUAUGAAUCUGGCCCAUUGUGUCUAAUUCUGGUAAACUGAGGACAGGGAACAAGGCAAAAGUAUUCUAAAGGGCUGCAGUUUGUACUGAAGUAAAAACAUAGAGGUAGUCAAAAGAGUGGUGAGAAAAAAGGAGGACAUGUAGGAGGGAAGUCCUUCGUCAGCUGUGCAAAGAAACACUUUGCUUGCGGAACUAUUGCUUCCAAAUAGGACUAAAAUAAUUAUAAUAAUAUAAAUACAGUAAUAUAAAAUGAUAUAACAGCUCCGAACAGCUAGAGCGGUUUUUGAGAGAGCACAUUAACUCUGGUAAAUCUGCUUUUGCAGUCGUGAUGUAACGUGAGGACGGGAAAGCAGGAAUAUCGAUGUAACGUGAGGACGGGAAAGCAGGAGUAUCGAUGUAACGUGAGGACGGGAAAGCAGGAAUACACGCCCAUGGCGUCCACAUGGAACGGAGCUGAGCCGUAGUCUGCUUGGUCACGUGCUGCCGUUACGUUUAGUACAUGAUGCCGUCGCGUCGUGACGGCUGGUCUCCGGGUUUGCAAUAGGGUCGGCCAAAUCCUUGGAUUCCUAAUCCCUCCUUAUGAAAUGGGUUUGAUCAAAGUACUGUAUGGUGCAUGUGAGCAUGCGUAGACUCAGGUGACCUACAUCCUCGUGGUGGGUGACCGAGCUGAAAGACGUACAGGCCUGAUUCGUCUCGCUGCCUCUCCUCGAACACACCCGUGAUUCGUCCAUCUUCAGGUGUACCAGCAUUCCUAUACGGGACUGCUGUGUGAGCUAACAUGGUGAAGGACUGUAGCUCUCCAGACUCUGACCACUGAGAGGGACCCAGUGACAGGUGCAGCUCGUUUGGGUGUCUGCGUGCAUUCGUACAGAGGUGCUUGGAGUAGUCUUGAAUAAUCUACUAUUUUGUGAUACUUUUGGUUUAAAAUGAAAAGACCAAGCUAGAAAGAGAAAGGUAUGACCAAAACAAUUAAGCGAUUGAAUUACAAAAGAAACUGGAUACUAGAUGUGAAUGACUAAAAUGUAGCUAGAUGAGCAGUACAUUCCUUUUUUUCCUCAAGUAUACUUCAGGAUAAGUCCCAAAGUAUGAGCACACAAUCGUUAUUAUUAUUAUUAUUAUUAUUAUUAUUGUUAUUAUUAUCAUUAUUAUUAUUAUUAUCAUUAUUAUUAUUAUUAUCAUUAUUAUUAUUAUUAUUAUUAAGUGCUGGAGUGUGCACAUUCCUGUCCAUCCAGUAGAUGAACUCUACACCCAGAUUUUAAAAAAUGGGACCAUUAGGCAAUUUAUGCUGAAUCCCUAACACACACACACACACACACACACAAACACAUACACACACACACACUCACACACAAUUUUGUCCAUAUCUUAUUGAUAUGCUUUCAGAAUAAUGGUUGCAUGGAAACCAUUGGUCAGCACUCCCUGUUGCUGUGCUGUUUCCUGUUUUCCAUUGUCCAGGGGUCAUUAGCAUGCCUGGCGCGUUGGAACACAGGAGCCCAUCAUCUCAACCACAGAGCUCAUCGGUUAUUUUCACUCCAGUACUGAAAUUAGACACUCAGACACACAAUCGUUUCUACAUAUUUAGCUUUUCAACCCCCAAAAAGUAGUUUUUGCUUGUUUGGGGGGUGUUUAAGUACGUUUUAAAUCUACAAUUUCCAACAUUUACUGAACUAAUGCUGAGACCAUGUCAAGACAGAGUCAUAAACGAGCUCACUGAAUUCAGCUUGGGUAUUUUGGUCACAGGUCAAAGGUCGUUCUCCACGGGUGGGCUGUCAGAGGGGUGAGCGCCGCUUAUGUAAAACGUUCGUUAAUGUUCCCCUGAUGUCUAGCUAGUCUUGUCUUCGCUGUAGGAAGGCUCUGUCUCUGCUUACUAGCUACUCCCGAUGACGAUUCACGUCUGACGUUUAGAGCUCUGCCACCGUCAGCCACCUGCAGCCAACACCAGAGCUGAAAUAAGUAGGACUCAUUCGCUUGUCAAAGCUAUGCAUUCUGCAUGACAACGGCACUUUUUAUUGAAAUGCAAUAAUGAAAAGAAAAAUAUAUAUGCUUCCAGUGCAUGCCUCUUCCCCCCGAACACGCUGUCACGUCUGUGUUGCUCUGGAUGUUAUAGUGCCACAUGAUACACACAUACAUAUUUAAAUAACGUAUAUAUGGCCUUUUUAUCAAUCUAAUUUGUAUAAAAGAAUAAAAGAACAGGCAAGCAAAACUAUUUUGAUUAGUAUGUUUGUAGAAUGCAGUGUGUGUAGACGGCUGUUUCCUGUUCUACCAGUGUCUUAAAAUGUGAACCAGGUUCAAUGUCCUCAUUAGACCUCUCCUACGUACACCUCUCCUGUGUGGACCUCUACAAAGUAGACCUCACCAGAUAGCCCUCCCCUCCUUAGCUCUCUCCUAUGUAGACCUCACCUAAGUAGACCUCCCCUCCUUAGCCCUCUCAUAUGUAGACCACUACAAAGUAAGACCCCAUCGACGUAGACCUCCCCUCCUUAGCCCUCUCCUGUGUAGACCUCUAGAAAGUAGACCCCACCUACACAGACCUCCCCUCCUUAGCCCUCUCUUGUGUAGACUUCUACAAAGUAUACCUCACCAAUGUAGACCUCCCCUCCUUACCCCUUUCCUGCUUAGACCUCACAUACAUAGACCUCUCCUCCUUAGCCCUCUCCUACAAUGUAGACCUCUAGUCCUUGGACCUCUCGCUUUGCUUCCUUCAUCCCUUAGUCUCCCCACCCCCACCCCAUACUCAGGACUCAGUAACAGCCAACUGUACAGGAUAGAGCAAACCAAACGGUCUGAACAAAACUGAUUUCCAUUUUGUAAGUUUGUGUCCGAAUACACUUAACACAUGCUACAAAUGUGUUGCAUGUACUGUUAGUCCUUGAGCAAAUAAUUCAAGUUCAGUUUGCACACUACCAAAUGAAUAAGUCACACCCAAGGUGUAACACUUGUGAGCUUAAAUCUAUAUAUUAUAUACCACUUUAAUGUAGUGCUCAGUAAGGUAGUAGGCAGUUUUGGAUCCGGCCUGAGAGACGUUCUGAGAAGACCUAUAACACUUCCCAAGUCACAUGCAGUGAUCGUGUGACAUCUUUGUUCUUAUGACCUUACUCGUGUGUAGUCGUGUAGAUGGUAAUUGCAGGGUGAUAGUUAGGGCGCAGUUUCGCCAAUGUACAGUAGAUAGGUGCUCAAAGAAGCUGACUCUUAAGAAAGAGUGUUCUGUUUGUGGAGCUUGUAUGGUUUCUCAUGGGUGCUGAGUAAUUACAAUGUGGUGGUGGUGUGUAUGUAUGCUUUCUCAAUUUCGUUUAGUUGAAUGUAACCACCUAGGCGUGUAUUAGGCAGAAGGCUCUGCACAGAAUGCCAGACGCCCAGUUUUGAUAUCAGGUCGCUCUUAGAGGAAUGUGUAUUACCUUCACGUGUGCUUUGUAGUAUUUUUUUAAGCAUUUUUAAGCACACACGAAUCCACUGUACUAUCUCUUCAAUUUUAAUGUAUAUCAAAAGUGCAUCAAAUGUUUGAAAUUCCUGCUUUAACUAAACAGUUGUCAUGUAUUUUGUGUGUGUGUGUGUGCGUGCGUGCGUGCGUGUGUGUGUGUGUGUGCGCGCGUUUUAGACUUUAGUACAAGGCUAAUAAUGGCACUCAUUACGUCUUUAAAUCUGUGCACCGGCAGGCCCCAGUUGAGGGCAGACUGCAUAUUUACCACUUCAGCACACUUCACAGUUUGCCAUCGCCUCACCAGGCACGAUCCAACGAGGGGGUCCAUGGGAAAUUUACAUGGUGUAUCACACCAGUACUGUAAUGUGACAGGUUCCCCCUUUUCUUCUCACCUUCCUUGUAAUUACCACGACUGUGUAGGAAGCAAAACCAAACUGAAACUUCAAUAAAAAAGGCUUCAAAUCAA